GGCCACAACAUCGGGAGCCUGUGUAUUGGGUACAGCAGCAACAUGGUGCGGUUCAGACAAAAGUUGAUAGUAUUUGAUAGUGAAGGACACAUUUGACUUUACGACUGGUAAAUAGUUCCUACAUAUUAUACAUACGCUUUUGUUGACAGGAAACUUUUUUUUUUGUGAAGUCGGCAACGUUGUUAUGGUGUUACUUUCCGUCGAUACACACCGGAACGAUGCACAAAUCCGGGAGUCAAACCUACACUCCAAUACACAGACUCCCGGUGUUGUCACUCAUCUGUGCGCGACUGCGCAUGCAACCGGAGAGAGUGAAGCGCGAGGAUCAGCUGUCAGCAGGUUCAGCUAAACUUGUGUUUUCCAUGUCAAGAUUCGUGACAAAUCGGUGUUUUGCCAGAUCUCGACCUUGUGUCCGGGAAUACACGUAAAGAUGGCGAAAAAGAGUAGUUCCAAAAAGUCAUUCAAAAGCUUGUUUUCUAAAAGCGAAGCCAAUUUAACCGACCCGGUGGAGAAAGAUGACGGUGGACGUAAAAUGUUUAAACUCUUCAAAUUCAAGAAAAAGAGGAAACCCAACAAAGAUGAAGAGAAGCAAGUCGUCGCCGGUGCUGCUGAGACCAAUGGAUCUGGUGGUGAUGCCCUGGGGAGGGAUGCUGAGGACUGGCCUGAUGUCAGUCACACCAAGAAGACCAGAUCUCUGACUGCUCCCAGAUCAAAGCACAUUGCCCCCCCUCCCCCUCUCACACUCACUAUACCUCCCUCUGUCUUUCCGUCUAUCGCUCGCAAACAGGCCAAGGACCUCAGCUACUCAGAGAUGGACCUCCGUGCCAAGCCCAAGAGGUUCGGCACGUUCACCUUUGGCUUGAAGAGGAGGAAGAAAAAGAGUGACGGGGAUCUCUCCCAGAGCAUCGUGGUCCUCCACGGCCCCGAGCCAGAGUUCAAAGGGCAAGAGGAGGAGGAGCUUCUGAACCUCAGCCUCUGGGACAUCGGCCAAGGCGACACUCUGAACAAGAGGGUAAGGUUCGCUGUGUCUCAGCCUGACCUAAACACUAAGACACUGGUCACCUCUUAUCCUCCUCCCACUGUCCCCAAGAAAUCGCAAGCCCAGGAGCCACCGAUGGACAGUCCUAAGACUGCCACCAACCAACCAAAUUCCCAGAUGGAUACCAUUAUUCCUCUUGAAGUGGGCCGGGCUACAAGAAAAGUUCCUUUAGCUAUGCCUGAGGUGGAGUGGAACGAGAUCUCACAGGAAGAGGAGAGCCCGGAUGUUCAGUGUGACAACCCGUAUGCCUCAACAGACCAUACUGACACAGCUUCUCCAAUGGAUGUUGAUAGCUUUAACCCAAGUCCUCCACCUUUCCCACCCAACCCACCUCCACCGUCCUAUCCAUCUAGCUCACCCCCCUGCUACCCAUUGAGCCCAGCUACAUCCUUUUCCCCCUUUAGCUCUCCUCCUGCUACAGUUGACACUUCAAACGAGAGUGAUGAAAUGUCCCCCUUACCCAGUGCUGACCCUGUGAAUAGUGGUAUUUUUCAUCCUGUCCUUCCUGUGACUGAACUCUCACUUAGCAAAACUGAGGCCUCUUAUGUUACUCUCUCCAUUGGACAACCUGUUGUUGUUGAAAAUAUCACCACUGUUACCCCUAAUACAGAUCCCUCUCCCAUUGCCUUUGACCCCAAUAUAGAAGCCACUAUUACUGAAACAGACACAACUGACGUUAAAACCGAGACCUUUCCUCUGAACCCUGAUUCUUUGGCUGACAACACUGAGAGACCUAUUCUCAACACCGUCACCUCUGCUCUUAUCACCGUCAACUCUGUUAAUGACAUGGACACCAACCUAACCGUAAUAAAUGAUGAAACUAUCCCACACCUGUCCUUGGAUAGCCCCUUUGACUCACCAAGUCCCAUUUUACCCGAAUCAGUUAAACAGGAGUCUAAAACUGCCAUUGAUCACACUGACACUAGUGUCAGUGACCCCACCCAAUCAUUACAGUCUGCCACUGACGCCCCUGUCCCCGACAUGGAUAUACCUGCCACUGCAGUCUCCAAAAUGGAUACCAGCCACCCUGACACAGACACCACUGCUAAUACUAACCUCACUGUUACUGAUACCGACUCUCAACCAGUAUUCGAAGAUCUUUACGACUCUCUUUUUCCUGGAAUGUUCCCCUCACCUCACAUAUCUGGCCACACCGCAUCUGCUCUCAGCACUUACACUUCUGGCGUUGUGACAUUGGGCGUGAUGAUGGACACUCGAUGCACACCUCCUAAUAUAGACGCUCCUUUUGAGAACAAGCUUCCCCCUGUUCCUCAAACAGACACUGCCCACCCUAGCACAGACGUCUCCCUCGCUGAGCCUGAGGCCUUUGCGCCUCUGUGCUUUGAGCCUACACUCCCCACGACUGAGCCCAUGGAAAUGGAGGACUUAGAGCCUGAGCGUCCCACCUCCGACUCACCUCUCCCAAAUACCGAUAUCGCUGUCCCUGAUACUGGCUCUAGUGACACAUGUGACUCUCUCUAUGACUUUAUUUUCCCUGAACUUUUUCCCUCUGACCAGGUGUCCACCAUUUCUGAACCCGACCUUGAUAAACCAGUCUAUGUUACGGACACCGAUUCUGUUCCGCUUCGACCAGAUUGCAACACUCGACCAAACCUUGUUGAUCAGUCGGAGCAUUUGACCGCAGCUCUUCCAGUUGACCUUGAUACGGGGGACACUGAAAACACAGAUCUCGUCCUUCAUCAUUCUGAUAUGAACAUGGACAACUCUGAUCACAUUCUCUCGGACAAUGUCACCCUCGUUUCUGACAUUCUUAGCGCUAGCCAUCCAAGCACUAAGAAUUCCAGUACUCUUGAAACCACCAUCUCCAUUGAUGCGUCCGUCUCCUCAACAAUAGCAGAGACAAUGGCUACUGAGACAGGUCAAGAAGCAGAAGUGCAGAUUAUGGAAGAGGAAAAUGGACAGAUUGAGCAGAAUAUUAUGUCCUAUGAUGUAGACGUUGUCAGGGAAAGAUCAAAUGAUAUGUCCACCAUGGCUACUGAGAAAGUUCAAGAAGCAGAGGUGGAGGUAAUGGAAGACGCCAACAGCAUAGGUUCUAAUAGACAGAUUAAGGAACAUUUGCCCUGUGAUGCAGACGUUAACAGGGCAAGCUCACAGUGUGUGAUCAUACCAGAGAACAGCAAUGCCAUGGAAGUGGCCAUACCAGCGGUCCAUUACAGCAUCCUGGAGGAUUACAUGGAGGAGAGUGGCGUUGAAGAGGAAAUGAAAGGAGCAGGCAAACAACGGAAGAAUGGUCAUGAAACCGUUGAAGCGGGAUGGAGUUUGGGGUCACAGAAAGUAAUGGAGGUAAUGUUAGAAACGAAGGAUAGAGGUCAAGAGAAUGAAGUCCACCGAGAGGAGAAGAGACGCAUUGAGUCCCCAGAAGACGGCGGUGCAGAGAGGCUGGUGCCGGUGGAGGAGAGAGGAGCGAGAGAGGUCUCGGCACUGGUGAAAGAAGGGUGGGAGGAUGGGGUGGAACCAGCCCUACCUGUUCAGCAGGUGCACACACUCGUGGAAUGUGAGUCGCCCGCCCCGCCUUCCAUCACAGAGCAGCAUGGAGAGGAGGAGGGGUCAGGGAGUAACCGGAGUGCAGUUACACACGCUUACCUGGUAACAGAGGCCUGCGCUGAUGCACAUACACUCAAACAGACCCCAGGCCACGAAGAGCCACAGGAGUCUCAAAGUGGCGAGAAUGAACACGCUGCCACCGGCAACAGAGAGAGACAGAACACACUCGCAACACAUAACACACUCGCACACACCACAGGCCGAGAGGGGAACAUUUUAGACACACUCACAGCAGAGGAAGCGGACCUAGUCACUCGUACUACCGAGGACACAUCCUCUUUCUCUGAGCAGAAAGCAAAAGUCAACACCACUAGCACACAUGGCGAGAACACAUUCGCACUUGACAGAGAAGCGACAGCGACAGACACAGAGUCCAGAACAUACACUGUAAAGAUAGAACAUGAAGGGACACUCGGUACUGAGUGGAUAGACAAUAUUGUCACGCAGGAAACAGACCGAGCCAGUUCAGUGCCAGAGCAGGUGACAGUGAAUCCUCCUGUCGCACGAGACACAAUCCUCGACAGACUUCGAAAGAGAGCCAACGGUCUUGCCACUGAGGACACAGAGAGACCCGGUGCAGAGCCAGAGCAGGUGGGAGGGACGCUAUCAGUCACUGCAGAUACACUCCUCAACUCACUGAGGAACAGAGUCAAAUUCCUCAGCCAGCCCAAAGGGUCUCUGGAUGCUUCAGCUGUUAACAGUACAGCUUUAGGAAACUCUGAGGACUCCGAUUCAGAAAUUCAGCAGAUAGUGGCUGAUCUGGAGUCAGACAGCGAGAUGAAGUCAUACAGUUCCACUCUCACUCUAAGACCCUCUCCCACCCACAAGGGCAUGGACAAAUCAAAACAGGGCUUCCGCAAAGUUUCCCUGGUCACUGACAAUGACACCACAGACCACACUGAAGACAGUGUGGACUACAGAGAAUGCACGAUCAACGAACCGAAUAGAACUGAAAGUGACCUAGGUCCAGUCGCACCAGAAUACAAAUGGAGGAACCUGUACGAGGGGGUGCAAACUACUUUCGAACCCAAAGGGGAGACCUGGCGCUCUGACUCUCAGUCAGAUGAGUCAAGAGUGUCCACAUACGAUGGACACUACUCUUCCCUCUCUGUGUACACACGACAACUCACCUCUCUCGGGCCGCCAUUCCAAGAACCUGGCUUGUCCUCCCUCUCCUCAGAGACACCCCGUUCCCCUGGCAACGGCCGCUGGUUGAGUGACAGGAGCGAAGUUCAGUUGACCCGGGAGAGUAGCGAGCCAGAGGCAGGAACAGGCAGGGGGAGUAGGAGGGUGUGGGAGGAGGAGCUAGCCACUGCACCUGCAGGACAGAGAGAGAGAGAGGUAGAGCAAGAGGGGAGGGAGGGAGAGUCCAUGGCAAGGAAGAUAAAGUCAGGCUGUGACUUGCAAUCACUCCCAGUCUCAAACUUCUCCUCGGCGGGUCAGACCAUUGACAACGUGGACUACAGCAGAGGCAGCAGUGACUCCUACUCCAGACAGUACAAGGCCACCCGCGUGGAUCUGCUCCCUUCCCCCUCCUCCUCGGACCCUUCCCCCUCUUCCUCUCCCGUGACCUCUGAGCCGGGCUCCCCCUAUCACUGCGACAUAGAGAGCCUGGUGGACACCCUGAAGAGCAUGAACCCUAACCUUCCCCAGAGGCAGAGGAGGCUGCGUGGGACCACCGCCCCCUCCAUCAUCUCCUCCCUGCCCUCCAUCGAGGAGGACACCCCCAGCUCCAGCCCCACCAAUACCAAAUCUCCCCAGGUGCCCCCUGGGUCUCUGCUGGAGGGCCCCAACAGCCGCUACAACCUGCCCGCAGACCUUGGCCUCAACUGGAGUGCCCCCAAGGAGAUGCAUUCCCCUCUGGAGUUGAUGAAGCUUCAACAGCAGCAGCAACAGGAGCAACAGGCUGGAGACCACCAAUGGAACCGUGGAGGCCUCAACCUCCCACUCCGAGCCUCGGCUCUUAGCAGCAUCGUCAUGAGGAAGAGCUCCUUGGGCAGUGACUCUUCCCCAGAGCACUCGCCGUCCCCCUGCUAA